CCUCUGCAUAAAGACACAGACAGAUUAUUUUUAACACAGAGAGCCUGAUGGUGUGAACACUGUGUAAUCUCUCAAGGAGCCUCAGGAUGUGGUGUUACCUGCGCUCGUGCUGGAGGACCAGUUGGCUUUUCUGUCUGGGUAUACUUCUGCACAGUGGAGAAGCCAAAGUGCACACUGAAGCACAGCCUGGGCCACUGUAUCGCGUGUUGGGCACGUCACUCUCCAUCUCCUGCAAUGUGAGCGGCUUUGCAAGUGCCGACGCUCAAAAAGAAUUUGAGUUCCGUUUCACGGGGCCAGCAAAAAAAACAUUGGAGAUCAACAUCAUCAGCACUAGUGAUGAGAACUUUGCAUAUGCCAUGUAUAACCAGCGUGUGAUACGCAAGGAAAUUACUCUUAAGCAUGUGUCUCCAAACUCUGUCCUCUUUGAGAUACAAAGCCUACAGAAGGGGGAUGAGGGGGAAUAUGACUGCAGCGUAGUCAACUCAGAAUCUGCUUAUGAUGGGACCUACAAUGCUAAGACAUUAGUUAAAGUGAUUGACAACUCCUUAAGUGUUUCGUCACCCGUCUCCACAUCACUGAGCUAUACUGAGGGUGGUGCUCUCACUCUGACAUGCCGAGCCUCCAGCAACACCAUCCAGCACACCCAUCUGUCUUUUGCCUGGUAUCUACAUAAAGACGGCGAGGACGACGCUCAGCCUAUCAUGUCUCUGGACAGAGAUUUCACGCUGAGCCCUGGCCAGGAGUUUGAAGGGCGUUACCAUGCUGGACUCAUAAGGUUAGAUAAAAUGGGAGAGGCCACGUACCGCCUAAACAUGGCUCAGCUGGAGCUGUCGGACCAGGGUAGGAUCUACUGCAGCGCUCAGGAGUGGAUCCAAGAUCCUGACCACUCCUGGUACAUUAUCACACAGAAGGAUGCAGAGGAAGCUACAAUAAUUGUCAAAGCCAGAGAGGUGGUGCCAGACACGUCGUCUCUGGUGGUGAGAAUCUCGACACAGCAGACAGCUCUGCAGGAGGGGCAGGAGCUGUCGCUAUCCUGCAACGUAGACACACACGAUCAGGAGAAGAGGUUCCUCUCUGUGGCCUGGCUCCGGGGAAGUGUUGAGCUGGCGCGCAUCGGACCUACAGGCGUUCUGUCUGUGGGGCCCGAGUACAGUGGCCGAGAGAAAGGAGGAGAGCUCAGGGCCGCACGGACCGGGGGCAGGGAUUACUGUCUCAUACUGCAGCCUGUCAGAACUGAAGACCAGGGGGAAUAUUUCUGUCGGGCAUGGCCUCAGGACAGAGGCCCGGACGGUGCCUUUACACACGGAGCAGCCCAGACUUCUAGCCCCCAGCUGGUCAGCAUCUCAGCCACAGAGAGUGGAUUCUCAAUUGAAAUGCAAAACAGUGUAAAUGUUAACGAAGGUGGCAGGCUGAAGCUCACCUGUAAAGUGGAUGGGGUUCAAGGUCAGCUCUCCGUCUCCUGGCAACACAAAUUGACAUCCACAUCGACAACCUGGUUUAAUAAUAUCAUCAGUCUGAGUCAGGAGGGUGUUAUGGAGAUAGAGGGGUCGUUCAGGAGUCGCAAAGUGAGGGCAACGCGACCAGCGACGGACACCUUCAUGUUGGAGCUGGAUGAGGUCACACCCUCUGAUUCAGGCGUCUACCAGUGUUCUGUGUCUGAAUGGAAAACCAACAGCAAGACCCACAGCCAGUCCCAAACCACCACUGUGACAGUGGCUCCUGCAGAGUCAUCUGUGAAAGUGAAGCUGAUAAGUCGCAACACCAGAGUGACUGUUGGAGAAAAUGUGGAGCUGUUGUGCCUGGUCAGAGGGCCACGAGUCCCGAUAACACUGAUUUGGAGCCUGCAGCGUGUUGCCUCAACCGUAGAUAACAUCGUGACUCUGUCCUGGAAUGGUGAAAUCAGCUGGUCAGGGGACCAGCACGGCUACCAGAUGAAAGUAGAGAACAGAGUGAAUGAAGUCGCUCACUAUCUACUUGUCAACGGUGCGAGCCACAGAGAGGCAGGAAUCUACCAAUGUAGGGCAUCUGUCUUCUUUGAGAAUGUGCACAAGAAGCUGAGUCCAUCCAACCCAGUGGCUGUAAUGGUGCAGAACCCAGUGAGCAAACUCAUUCUGACCUCCCCUUCCGCCUUGACAAGAAAUAUCAACAGUGACGUGGACAUAAAGUGCUCAGUUAUCUCAGAACCCUCUGCAUCCUCUCGCUAUGCCGUCACCUGGCUGCACCGGCAAUGGGCAGAAAAUAAGACCAUUGUGAGCUCGGACCGGGAUGCCCUGACAACCCAGGCGGAGCUGAGCAACAGACGAAUCAGCAUGUGGCGCACAAGGGGCCCUAGUUUUGAGCUGACUAUUCGGCAAGCUCAGAUCUCAGACAAUGGCUCAUACAUAUGUGAGGUGGUGGAGUGGCUACAAGAUCCUCGCGGUAACUGGUAUCAGCUCUCGCCAGUGUCCAAAAUCACACAGCUGGAACUAAUUGAGCCUGACAACAAUCUUCAGUUAGAUGUGAAAGAGCAGCAGCAGUUGAUUGCCAAAGAGGGAGACGAGGUAGAACUCAAGUGUAACAUCAUCUCGGGUGCAUUCGGUCCCUCUGUCUUCUACAAAGUCGCUUGGCUCUACACUGGACGCGGCUCUUUGAUCACGAAGGCCCCAGUAGUGGAGCUUGAUCACACGGGCCUGCUGAGGUACCCCAAGAACCAGGCACCCAAAGGCCUGCAGGGGCGGCUUCGUCUCUCCAGACCCACUCAGAGCAGCUUCUACCUCGUAAUUCAAAGGGCCCAUGAAGAGGAUCGAGGCAGCUACCAGUGCCAGGUGGAGCAAUACCAGCUGGAUCAUGAGGGUCACUGGCAGCAAAAGGCCGCAGACAGCGCUGGUCCUAUCAUGCUGACUGUAAAUGUUGCUGAAAAAAACCUGUCCAUUGUAAAGGAUGAGGUGGAGCUAAAUGUGAGCAGUUCCCAGGACUUCCCUGUCCCCUGUCACAUCGCCAGACAAUCCAGCAGUGAAUCAAAGUUCCAGGUCACAUGGAUUUGGCAGAAGGAAACAGAAACUAAACAACGCCCCAUAUUUGUAUGGCACCGAAACGGCACCCUACAAGACAGGUUAGGCGAGGGUGAACAACUGAGAUUUAGUCACCCACUACCAAACCAGUUUAGCGUUACGGUCCUGAAGCCAGGUCCUGAGAAUAGUGGCCUUUACUUCUGUGAGGUGGAAGAGUGGCUCCCGUCUCUGUCUCACGGGUGGAGGAUGGUUGCAGUGGACACGUCCGGACAUUUGACUGUUAAUGUCCAUUCAGAGGGAGAGGCUGUCUCUGAGCCACAAUGCCAGUCGGGUACCUGGAUAGGGAUUCUUCUACCUUUUGUCAUCUGCUCACUGUUGGUGAUUUUCCUACUGGUGCUGAAGAUAUACCGGACCAAGGACUCAGGAGGAAAGGAGUCAGGCCAAUCUCUGUGGGCAGAGGAACACCCUCUGAAUACCAAACCCAGUGCAGAGGAUUGAACCACAUUGUAUAGGCCACGGUAGGGGAGCUGAAGAGGAAAAAUGCAUUCAUAUGUUCCAUGUGCCAUAUAGUUAAUGCAAAAAUGUUGUAUAAUGUAAAUAAAUAUGUUGAAUAUGUUCCCAAAAAACAGUUCAAAUAAAUGUUGCCUUCAUGAAGAAAUACAUUUUAUUAAACCAUCAUAAUAAACAGGCACUUUCCAUUUUACAGCCAAAAUAUAUUUGCAUGAACAGCAACAGCUCUUACAUCUUAUUGACAAUGGACUGUUGAUGUAGGCAGCAGAUCAACUCUGUGGCUUUACACAUGCCUUUUCCUGUCGUGACUUACCAGGCCUUGUCUUUGAGGGGAAGAAGUUGAAGCUUUGCGUGUCAAAAGGGAGCAGCUAAGCAUGCAAUGUGGCAAGAUUUGAAAUAUUUCCCUGUAAGUUAGGCAGUAAUGAAUCAUCUAGGAAGUGGUCUGUGGUUCAGCAGAGGUUAGCGUCAUGACUGCGGGAUGACAACGGUCUGCAGUUCUGCUGACGUGAGAAAGUGGUAAGUGUUUGUGCAGACAGAAAAGUGGUUAUUGUAAUGCGGCGGAAGAACAGACCUGCACAGGGUUUAACGCACUUGUCUUGCAAAAGGUUGCAAAUUGUUUUGGCUGAUUAAAAUAUUUCACUGGCAUUUGAUUCUGGAUGCACAGUUUGGCUGUAUAGUCCAUCACAUUGGGUUUGAAAUAAAACAAUUAUAAGAUGAAA